AUGGCUCCAGAUGACGAAGAAAAAACCUCCUUCAUAACUCCUCAUGGACUCUACUGUUAUAGAGUCAUGCCAUUCGGACUCAAGAACGUCGGUGCUACAUAUCAGAGGCUAAUGACUAAGAUUUUUAAGCCGUUGAUUGGUGACAUUGUUGAGGUGUACAUUGAUGAUGUGGUAGUCAAAAGCAAAACUCGAAAUGAACACACUCAACAUUUGCAAAAAGUUUUUCACCUAUUGAGAAAGUAUGGCAUGAAACUUAACCCAGCCAAAUGCACAUUCGGAAUAAGUUCAGGAAAGUUUCUGGGAUUUAUGGUUACCCAAAGAGGAAUCGAAGUCAAUCCAGAUCAGGUGAAAGCAGUCGCCAACAUGCCUGCACCAACAAACAAAAAGCAAUUGCAAUGUCUCACUGGCAAACUCGUCACCCUCGGACGAUUCAUAGCUCGAUUCACAGACAAGAUGAAGUCUUUCUUCCUGGCGCUCAGAAAUAUCAAUAAAUCCGGAUGGACUUCGAACUGCCAAAGAGCAUUUGAAGAAAUCAAGCGGUAUCUCUCUCAACCUCCCAUCCUAAGUAGCCCGCAACCUGGGGAAAGACUAUACCUGUAUUUGGCACUUACUGACUGGGCUGAUAGCGCGGUCCUACUCCGCUCUUUGUCACCUCGAGAGCAAAGACCCGUAUAUUUUAUCAGCAAAGCGCUCGCUGAUGCAGAAACAAGAUAUUCAAGGAUGGAACAAACUGCCUUGGCGUUACGCAUGGCUGCUCAGAAGUUGCGUCCCUAUUUCCAAGCUCACCCUAUAACCGUGCUCACCAAUCAACCUCUCAGGAAUAUUCUACAUAAACCAGACAUAACAGGCAGAAUGCUACGAUGGGCAAUAGAGUUGAGUGAAUAUAGGAUAGGUUGUCAACCUAGAUUAUCCCUGAAGGGACAAGUCAUGGCAGACUUUAUAGCAGAAUUGCCUGAAGCACGUGCCCCGGAUGAAGAAUCAACACUGGGUGAUUGGUGGUCUCUGUACGUUGAUGGUGCUUCCCGCUCAUCCGAAUCAGGGGUGGGACUCCUCCUCAAAGCACCAACCGGGGAGCAACUGGAGCAAUCCAUCCGUCUGGAUUUUCCCGCUUCAAACAAUGAGGCGGAAUAUGAGGCCAACCUAUCCGGAUUAAACCUUGCAACCACCUUGAACGCCUCGAAAGUCAAAAUCCAUAGUGACUCCCAGCUUGUUGUGGGCCAAAUACUAAAAGAGUACGAAACCAAGGAUGAGCGCAUGGCCAAAUAUUCAUUGAGAGUACAAGAAUCACUCAACCGGCUAGAAGAAUGGAUCAUUGAGAAAAUCCCAAGGGGGGAUAAUGUACAGGCUGACGCCUUGGCAGGAAUAGCUGCAUCAUUUCCCGUGAAAGAGUCAACAAUGCUACCGGUGUACGUUCAAACCACUCCCACCAUUGCUGAACCAUACAUCUGCACUAUAAACCCAAAGGAAGAUGAUUGGGCGGUUGACAUUAGAAUCUACCUACAAACGGGGACAGUGCCUGAGAAUCUUAAGCAUGCGCACAAAGUUCGGAUACAAGCAUCUCGCUUUACCCUGAUCAGAGAUGAUCUCUACAGACGAUCCUUCGGAGGUCCGUACCUUAGAUGCUUGAUCCAGCCGGAAAUCCAGUAUGUUCUAUCCGAACUGCACGAAGGAGUUUGCGGGAACCACUCAGGGGGCAGAACCCUAGCGCACAGGGCGCAUUCACAAGGAUACUAUUGGCCUACAAUGAGGCAGGACGCAGUUAUCCAUGUCAAGAAGUGCGACAAAUGCCAAAAACAUGCGUCAAUCCCGCAUAUGCCCGCUGAGAUGUUAAACUCGGUAACAAGCCCCUGGCCUUUCGCACAAUGGGGGAUGGAUAUCAUGGGACCCUUUCCCACUGCACCCGCUCAAAAGAAAUUUCUGCUUGUUGCUACCGAUUAUUUCAGCAAAUGGGUGGAAGCUGAAGCCUAUGCAAGUAUUAAAGACAAGGAUGUCAAAAGCAACAGUCAAGCGGAAGCAACCAAUAAAACCCUACUAAGUGCGUUGAAAAAACGAUUGGAAAAAGCCAAAGGAAAGUGGGUAGAAGAGCUACCCGGCGUCCUAUGGGCCUACUGUACCACACCCGGAAGGCCAACAGGAAAUACCCCGUUUGCCCUUGCAUACGGAACAGAAGUUGUCAUCCCAACUGAAGUGGCUAUGCCAACAGUCCGGACUGCUAUCCAAGGCCAAAGAAAUGAAGACAAUAAGCUUGCAAGGCACUUGGAUUGGGCGGAUGAGGCAAGAGAAGCAGCAUCCAUCCGAAUGGCCGCAUAUCAACAAAAGGCGGUUGCGUACUACAACAGGAAGGUGCGACCUCGAAUUUUCAAGGAAGGUUCAUUAGUACUUAGAAAAGUUUUUGAAGAUACAGUUGAGAAAGGAGCCGAAAAAUUUCAAGCCAAUUGGGAAGGUCCUUAUAUGGUGUCAAAAGCCAACGAAAAUGGAUCAUACCAUUUGCGAACUUUAAGUGGAGCCCCUCUACUUUGA